UGGAUGUUCAGUCAUAGGUACCAGGAUACAAGCAGGGUCUUCCUCAGACUCUGGUCACAGAUUGAAGGUGUAGACAGAUGAGAAAUCCUGCCCUGGGAAUUAUGAAACACCUGGAUAGAUCAUCCACUCCAUGACUGCCCUCCAAUAACAAGUAGCCCGGAGGCUUCAACUGGAGGAUGUAUAAAAAAGCACCUUCGGUCCCGGUCCCACAAAACCUCAGGCUCCUCCUGGGGUGACUUGUCUACUCAUCUUCCUUGAAGAUUUGAAGCAUUAGCUGAGCAAUGUCACAGCAGAAGCAACAGCCUCAGGAGCUCCCAAAUGCUCCCAAAUAUUCACCUCCCCAAUGCCCAGACCCCUGUCUGACGACCUGCUCAACUUCUUGUGGGAUUUCUUGUUCAGCAAGAAGCUGUUCUUCCCACUCUCGAAGGCCAGAGCUUCCGAACACUGCUGGACGCAAGAAAAUCCACCACCCACAGCCCCGCUGCCUCAGAGGUGGUACCACUUAUCCCUGCAAAGAGGAAGAGUGCUAAGUGACCGGGUACAGGGCUGUAGCAACCUUCUCCCCACCCAAACUAUGAAUUCUAUCAGGAAGUCCAGGCCUUCCCCUACUUCCCCAUCUCUUCCUACUUCUCCUGCCCACCCUUUCAGUUCAACAAUAAUAAAAUUGCUCAUGGUG